AUGGAAAAAAGUCGCAAGAAAAUUCGGCUAUUCGAGCAAGAAAUCGAGGUUCUGCAACGGCCUCAUUGUCGUAUUGUGCUCAAAGGUCAAAAAAAGUCAGAACUACAAAACGAUUAUCGAUCACUUCAAGCCAGACUAGAAGACGCUUGGAAUCGACUGCAUAUGCCCCAGUCUCAACGAGUGUCGUUGCUCGCAAAUAUCUGUCUCAUGGCUGAUGACCGAUGCGAAAUGCUGAUCGUCUCGCGAUCAACUUGGAAAUAUGUAGAGCUGUGGGAACAAGCCGCUCAAGAUGUAGCACAACGUGAAUCCUUGAUCGUUCAAGAAGCAAACCUUGAAAUCGGGAUUAUGGAUCCGAAUUUGUCAGACAAAUCAGAGGCUAUUGCUCAACGUGUGACCGUUGCUGAACAGAGAGGCAUUCUGCAAAAGGGUGAACCGUACUUGGAAAAAAUGGCUCACGACAGAAGUAAUCUGCAAUACCAUCUGCAUAUGUUUCGUACCGAGAUUCACACAAAGAUUCAAAAUGUGACGGGUAGUGAACUGGACAUUUUUUCUAUCUGA